AUGUUUUAUCUAUUUCUUCCUUCGGAGUACAGCGGGAUCCUACCUGUUCUAGUUUUUAUUUUUAUUUUUCAUUCCUCUGGUCUUCAGGCACGGAAACGGGCAACGCACUUGAUGAACCAAAGAGCGAUGACCGGUGCGUGUGCCAUUUUUUCCCAUACGAUUUAUUAAUUUUAACUUUUUCUCUUUUUCCUUUCCAUAGUUAAUGUAAAGGAAGAAUAUCCGCUAUUUCCUCAGA